AUGCAGACAGCCUUCCUAAUGACAAUAGGCGGCCUUGGAACUACCGAUGCAAGUAACAUCGACGCCAAGAAGGGAAUCUCGCUCGGAUGGGCGGCGCCCCUCACCUACGUGAUUGGUGCAGAGCUUCCCUCGGCGCCUUUGCGGGAGAUGACGCUGCAAAUCGCGUAUACCAUCAAAUUGAUUUGCAGUGACUUUCUCCUAUCCGUACAUGACACGCCAGGCCAUGUCUAUCUAGGUGGAAAGCUCGGGUUUAUCUACGGCUCGAUCUCUUUUUUGGCUCUCGUCUUUGGACUAUUGUUCAUCCCUGAGACAAAGCGCAUGGAAUUAGAGGAUAUUGGUAAGCAGUUCGCUGUUCCGUCAGAAAACGAUCUUAAAAUCGCUGAAAGUCAGACCUAUGAGGAAACAAAAACCAGCGAGACAUCUAAAUAG